AUGAAAGCGGUAAAUUUGGGACUGCGUCAGAUCAAAAACAAUCGGGCCAAACUGCAGCGACGGACUGAGAAGAUGAAGACGCAAUCACAAAAUCCGGGCACGAGCUAUUUGUCCUCUUUGUAUGAUGCGGAAAUCGCCUCGGAAACACCCGAGAAGAUGACCUUUACUGAGAUGGCAGCCAAGCGCAAAUAUUGUCAAAGACUGACAUGUUUCAUUCGAUUGGCUGACUAUCAGAUCGUGAGUACGCUUCACACUCUGACGGUCAAUUCGGUCUACACUCUGUUGGAUUGCCUGUGUGAUCACUUGAAGCACACUCCGCCGAUUACUGAAAUCUCAACGUAUCAGAUCAAAGUGGACCAAUUGACAGAGGCCCCGAGUGCAACUGCGCAAAUGAAACGCCCGGACAAUUAUCGUACACCACGGGAACACAGCAUCAUCAAACUUCCAUCG